AUGAACUCUGCAGCUAACUCCCAACUUCGACUUCGAUGUGGACUUGUCCUCAAGAACAGGCUUGUCAAAACUGGCAUGUCUGAAAAGAUGGCCCAGAACUUACUGCCAUCUGCCAAUCAUGGAGCAUUGUAUAAGCGAUGGGCAGACGGUGGAUGGGCAGCUCUGAUCACGGGUAACAUCAUGGUCUCGGACCAGUACCUUGGCAGCAACGAAGACGUCGCAGUCACCGGCACAACGUCAAGCUUGCUUGAAAGCUGGUCACAAUGGACAGCUUCUACCAGAAACCAGGACUGUCAUAUGAUUGCUCAAUUGAACCAUCCAGGACGCCAAUCUCCAAUUGGAGCCGGCAAGAGAAGCAUCUUCUCAAAGACAAUCGCCCCGAGUGCUAUUCCUAUCAACCUUGGAGACAACGCUGUAGCAAAACUGAUUCGCAUGUUGGUAUUUGGAACCCCAAGAGCUAUGACGCGACAUGAUAUCGAUGUUGUCAUCGCGCAGUUCACUCAAGCUGCUCGACUGGCUUACCAAGCUGGUUUUCAAGGCGUUGAGAUUCAUGCAGCACAUGGAUUUUUAUUGUCUCAAUUCAUGUCACCAAACAGUAAUCAGCGCGACGAUGAGUUUGGUGGCUCAGCAGAAAAGCGUGUCGAACUAGUUCUUCGUAUCAUCCGUUCCAUCCGCAAAGAAGUCCCCAAGUCAUUCUGCGUUGGUGUAAAGAUCAAUUCGGCGGACUUUAAGGACAAAGAGGGAAUGGCUGAGAUGCUACGACAGAUUGAGUUGAUUCAGCAGGAGGCAAUUGACUACAUCAAUCUCAGUGGUGGAUCUUUCGAAGACCCUCAGAUGAUGAGCACAGAUUCGUCCCUGCAGCCAAGUUCUGCCAAGUCUCGCUCCGGUAUUCGUGAGGGAUUCUUCCUACGCACGAGUGAAGACAUUCGUCGCAGGUUCCCUGAUCUUACACUGCUUGUGACAGGAGGGUUCAGAAGCCGCAAUGGUGUUGCUGGAGCUCUUAAUGAUAACGCUUGUGAUCUGAUCGGACUUGGGAGACCAGCUGUAAAAUAUCCAGAUUUACCAAGCAAGAUCAUGUUCAACGAGGAUAUUAGUGACGCUGAAGCUAGAUUUGAUGUGGAGUCUGCUCCCGGCGGUGGAUGGUUGGCUUCAAAGGUCCGCUCUGUUGGAGCAGGCGCUGAGAGUAAAUAUUGGGUGGCGGCUAUGAAUAACCUCUGA